AAUUGUCAUCUGGCACACAUAGACUUAUAGAUAGUAAACCCCACGAGCGAAUUGAGGUGUCUCAAACUCCUUCUCAUCCUUUAUCCCUUUAUCUGCCGUAUUUAUCACUUCUCUUCAGUUCUAUUCUUGCAUAUACGCGAGAAGUCUAGGAGUUUCCCGUGCGUAGAAAGGCCCUUGAUUGUGUUGAGCGUUAGAAGCCUACAUACAGCCCAUCCUACCCAGUUGUCCGUGUCUUCGCCGUGCUAUUAAUAUGCAGCAAGUCCCCUGUUUCCUAGUUCAUCUAGUUCACCAGUCUACAACUAGAUCAUGCCAAAAUCAGUGACAUCGCCAAGUGAUUUUAUUUAUCGAAGGCCUCGAGGUUCAUUUCCUAGUUCACCUGCCCAGGACGAACCAACCAUGGAUCUCGGGGGUCAGAGAAUAUCUGAUACUUGCCUACGUUACGAGCCCCUGGCACUGGAAACCCGUAAUUCGGGUUCCCAUGACACAGUUGGUCCUGUAUUACCUGGAAUGUCUCAAACAACUCGGCGUGCUACGUGUCCAACCCCCCAGAUCGCCAACGAGCAUGAUAAUCAACUAUCGGCAUUCUCGCCUAAAUGCCGCAAACCUCUGCCGGGCGUGUUUUAUCAGUGCUCGACUUGCCAUCGCGGAGUUAAAACAUCGAGUUCUACGUCCACUACAAAUCCUUCGAAUCCUGCUCCUCAUCUCCCACAGGCAUCCGAGGGUUUUCCUCCAGCUAAUGCUGCUUCCCAGGAUACUGCCACCGUCACAGUUUCAGAUUUCUCACCUCGACAGAUCUCCGGAGACACGACGUUGCCUAUUGACUCUACCCAAAACAGCAUAAGCCAGCAUUCUUCAACAGACACGUUUACUCUUACCAGUCAGAGCACGAGUCCCCCCACCAGCAGCACAGAACACGCAUACUACAUCUGCGCCACUAUCCGCGCUGUCUACGACAUCUGUCUCCAAUCCACGAAGACGUACCUAGACUCCCACCUUGCCAAUCGUCGGGCCAGGGCAAGCCACUCCCCAUCGUUUCUCAGUCACCUUUCGCAUCAUCAUCCUCAGCUGAAGGCAGAUCCCGGCAACGACGACCACAACUGCACCAUGAACCCUACCCAGCAAACUGCCAUCGCCGCCACAGCCAGCCUCCACACCGGAUGCAACAGAACAGACGACACCCCUCCUAUCCCAUCGUCAACGAACUCGCUCCUCAAGAACGUGAGCGCCAUCUGCAGCAUGCUGUGGACAGGCUCGCAGCACUCGCGCCUCGACGUCCUCAACAUCGAGCGCAUGGCGGUAGACAACAUGAGCCGGUUGCUGUGCUGGGCGGAGACCGUGGCCCUGGGCGACUACGACGAGUGGAGGAUGGCCGGGGACGACGCCAUGUGGCAGGUGCUGGAGGCGGGUCGGAACCUGUGUGCCUGGCUAGGGGUCCCGGAUGGCAUCCAGGGCAUGGAGGCGUUGGGGGCCAGCGUUUUGAGGUCAAGACAUGGGAUCCUCUAACCUAGGUGCCUAGAUAAUAGAGAGAGAUUUGUGUGCAUUAAGUAACUCU